AUGGCGCAACAAAACCCACUAUACCGGCCCGAUCAGUUUCUCAACCCAGGCCCUGCGCCGCGACCUCCCACCGAUAGGCCCAAGGUUGCACUCACCCCGCAAGUCUACCACACCACCGGCAAUCCCAAUCUGGGAAGCUUCAACAGCCUGAACAACAGCUCCGGCAGCUCAGUAGAUCUCAAGUCCACUCCCACGCGGGCAGAAACCAGCAAUGGGGAGUUCACCGUCGUCAAGGACGGCUGGGCGAAGGUCAAGGAGGAGGGCGGCGGAUUCAUGAAGGCGUUCUGGAACGAAAGGUUCCUCGUGCUGCGGGAGAAGCAGCUCGAUUUCCUCAAAUCCAGUUCUAGCAGCAAGACUGCCAACACGAUCCUGCUGCGCGAUGUUUCACACAUCACUCGCUCCGACAGCUAUCCUUUCAGCCUGGAGCUCACUAGGGAUGGGAGCAAAGUCUGGAUUCUCAAGUUCGACACAGACACCGAAGUAUACAACUGGAUGGACAGCAUAUACGACCGAGUUCCGAGUAUGGGCGGCGUUUCUCACCCGACCGGCUUUUCUCAUCGCGUGCACGUUGGCUUUGAUCCCGUUACGGGCGGGUUCGUAGGUCUGCCUGUGGAGUGGGAAAGGCUGCUCAAGGGCUCCGCUCUGACAAAAGAUGACAUGGCCAAGAACCCGCAGGCGGUCAUGGAAGUACUGCAAUUCUACACUGAUAAGCUCGCUGUGAGGCAAGAUGAUCCAAAGAUGUUCUCUUCCCUCACUCCUGCCUCUGCUGCAGACCCAAGCAGGGAAAAGCAGUUGGGAUACUCUACCGGUAACAGCGUUGCUCCACCUAGGCCGCAACCGCCAGCUGUGAACCGCCAGGACAGCUACAGCAGAACCGCCACAAACACCCCAGGAAGUGGGUAUCCGAGAGACCAAUCCACAGAUCGAUAUGGAGCUCCCAAACGGCAAGAUACGGCGCCCGGGCAGGACUCGAGACAGACGGAAGAAGAGCGCCGGAAGAGGCAAGAAGAGAGCAGGCGACGUGCCGAGUCGGAACGGCGGCGAGCGGACGAGGAUCUCGAGCGCAUCAGGCGCCAGGAACAAGAAGACCGCGAGUACAACGAAUCUCUACCCAAAAGCAAAGUGCCUUUGGCGAAACAGGAGAUCGGUAGCGGUUUCAUUGGCGAUUCAUCUACGAGAGAUGUCAGUCCAAACACCCCAGGCAAGUACAACGCGACAAGGCCCGCUCCUCCAGCACCCGUGGGAAGUAAAUCUGGUCAACCUGGAAGUCAAAUACCAAUUCGAGGCCUACAAGCACAAAGGACUGCUCCAGGACCGCCAGGUUCCUCAUCCAGCGGAUCUUCUUCUACGCCCUCGAAAGUCGCUCCUAGCAAUGGCUCCCCAUACGCGGUCAAGCCAAGCACACCAGCGGCAACCAACGGACAAGUGAAAGAGCAGAAGUCGGCUGUGGGUAAUAACCAAGGCUCUCCUGCCGGUCAAGUCAAGCCGCUCAAUGUAGCAACAAAACAGCCUACUGGCGCACCAAAGGAUGCCGCAAUUAAACAAGCCGAAGCUGCCCUCACCAAGAAGGAGCCUACUGAGAAGUCCAAAGAGGUUCGAAUGAGCGCAAUGUCUGACGCCCAGGUGAUGGAGCGUCUGCGCUCCGUCGUCACCUUGUCCAACCCUCUUGAGAGCUAUAAUAAGCAGAAGAAGAUUGGCCAGGGUGCUUCAGGGUCUGUCUAUGUUGCUCGAAUCCGCGAGAACGCGCCCAGUCAGAUUGCCAAGGACUUGAUUAAGAACUACGGACCCAGAGCGCAGGUGGCUAUCAAGCAGAUGGAUCUCCGAUCGCAGCMAAGAAAGGAGCUGAUUGUCAACGAGAUUAUCGUCAUGAAGGAAAGCCGACAUGACAACAUUGUCAACUUCCUCGACGCGUUCUUGCAGGAGGAGACAUUCGAGCUGUGGGUGGUCAUGGAAUUCAUGGAAGGUGGUGCUCUGACAGAUGUCAUUGACAACAACCCCUCCAUUUCAGAAGAUCAGAUUGCCACAAUCUGUUUCGAGACAUGCAAAGGUCUCAUUCACUUGCACGCCCAGAACAUCAUCCACCGAGACAUCAAAUCCGACAAUGUGCUGCUUUCGUCGCGUGGCGCAGUCAAGAUUACUGACUUUGGCUUUUGCGCGAAGCUUACUGAGCAGCGCUCGAAGCGAGCCACCAUGGUCGGCACGCCUUACUGGAUGGCACCAGAGGUUGUCAAACAAAAAGAAUACGGAAGCAAAGUCGACAUUUGGUCGCUGGGCAUCAUGGCGAUUGAAAUGAUAGAAUCGGAACCGCCAUAUUUGAACGAGGAGCCCCUCAAGGCUCUUUACCUCAUCGCCACGAACGGUACACCCAGGUUGAAGAAACCGGAGAAGUUGAGCAAGGAGCUGAAGGCUUUCUUGAGUGUGUGUCUCUGUGUGGACGUCAAGUCCAGGGCUACGGCGGAGGAACUGGGGAGACACGAGUUCUUGGCGCAAGGAUGUUCCUUGGCGAGCCUGAGUGAGUUGUUGAGGUUCAGAAAGGGAGCGCAUUGA